GCCAUGUUCGUCGCCAAAUCGCGUUAUUCGCCAAAUUCAUCCCCAUAUAACUCUUGAAAAAACCUCUUCCCCUUUUAAGGCUUUAACUUCUCUACCGUAUUGACAUUCAAACGCGUCAAUUCAUCAAUCAUCAACGCUAAUCUGAUACUGAAGCAAUUUUAAUCUCAGAUGGCGCUACAAGAAAAGUUAGACCGAUUUAAAAAGCAGCAGCAAGCGUGUCAAUCAACCCUCGUAAGCAUUGCAUCUACUAGAAAGACCGCAGCACCUACAGCUGCAUCUGCUUCUUCCAAUGGAAGAACUCAAGCUCCUGCUAAUAAAUUUUCAAAUGAUACUGAGAGGCUUCAACAUAUUAACAGUAUUCGGAAAGCCCCUAUAGGAGCUCAGAUGAAGCGUGUCAUUGGUCUGUUGUUCGAGACCAGACAGGCUUUUACACCUGAGCAAAUAAAUGAGGCCUGCUACGUGGACAUGAGGACUAACAAAGAUGUUUUUGACAAUUUGAAGAAAAACCCCAAAGUUCACUAUGAUGGGGAACGAUUCUCUUACAAGUCAAAGCAUGACCUUAAGGAAAAAAGUCAGCUCCUCUACCUGAUACGUAAGUUUCCGGAGGGCAUUCCUGUUAUUGACCUGAAGGAUUCUUACCCAACUGUGAUGGGCGAUUUGCAGGCUCUGAAAGCUGCAGGGCAGAUUUGGCUGUUGUCCAACUUCGACUCACAGGAAGACAUUGCCUACCCUAAUGAUCCUCGAGUUCUAAUUAAAGUGGAUGAUGACCUAAAACAGCUUUUCCGGGGAGUCGAAUUGCCUAACGAUAUGCUUGACGUAGAGAAGGAUCUACAGAAGAACGGGAUGAAACCUGCCACCAAUACAGCAAAGAGGAGGAGUGCUGCACAAAUCCAGGGCAUAUCUACUAAAUCCAAGACUAAGAAGAAGAAGAAUGAAAUUACCAAGAGGACCAAAUUGACCAAUUCUCAUCUUCCAGAGCUUUUCCAGAAUUUAUCCUGAAAUUGAUGAAUCUGCGGCAAGAAUUCAAUGAAGUCCCAUACGGAUAAUCAUUUUACUGCGAGUAUUUGAUCAUGACUUGCUGAUUGGCAAAGUGCAAUUCUGGCCAUUCAUUACUCAAAUAUAGAAGAAUCUAUGUAAGAAUGAGGGCCGUAGCUGGAAGACAUUUUCAACUGUGAACGAGAGAACAAAAUGAAGUUGGCAGAUAUGGUCAUCUAGAAGGGCGAAAAUAUUCCCUAAUGCUACUAAGUGUUACUAGUCCAAAAGGGGCUGUUGUGAUAUUAUACACCUAUGAUACAAACAAAUUUUAAACACAUCAAUAAUGAGAUCUAUAUCGAAUGCUGAUAUUGCUUUCAACUAUCGCAUUGGAAUAUUGUUCAAGUUUGACGA